AUGGCUCGUAGACACGCAGUCGUUCAAGCUUUCAGUUUGACACAGAAUCUGAUCCGGAUGAAGAAGUUGCAACUCAGCGGCUACAGCAGGACAUCUCCAAAUGGGAUCUUACACAGUUUGGAAAAUGUGAGAUCAGACUCACAUGUGUCCAGCUCUGUGUCUCUGAAGAGUGACAGUUCAAAAGGUGUAUUACCACCAGGGUUCAGUGAGAGAAAAUCUGAUAAAAGGCUUCAGUAUGAGACAUUAGACUCAGACGUUCAGACUCGCAGGAAACACGAGAGUUUCAAAGAUCUGUGGAUCUUCCAGGAUCUCGAGAGCAAAAUAAUCACAUUUCUGAAGGAAGAGCUGGAAAAGUUUGAGAAAAUAUUACAAAAUGAGAACACACAAUACUUUGUGAAGGACUUUAAUGAGAAUAAAUGCAGUAUCAAAGCAGCAGCUCUUGAUCUCACACUACAUUACCUGAGAGAGAUGAAGCAAGAUGAAGCUGCUGAUGCUCUAGAAGAUGAGCUGCUCUUCAUUCAUCAGCUCAAAUGUGGUCUAAAGAAGAAGUAUCAAUGUGUGUUUGAAGGAAUUGCAAAGCAAGGUGACUCCACACUUCUGAAUAACAUCUACACAGAUCUCUAUAUCACUCAGGGUGGCAGUGAACAGGUCAAUACUGAACAUGAGGUCAGACAGAUUGAAGUUGCUUCCAGGUGUCAUGAAUCUGAAGAGAUACAGAUUGAAUGCAGAAAUUUGUUUGAAGCUCCUGAACAAGAAGAGGAGAUCCGAACUGUACUGACAAACGGAGUCGCUGGCAUCGGAAAAUCAGUCUCUGUGCAAAAAUUUGUUCUGGACUGGGCUGAAGGAAAAGAAAAUCAAGAUAUCAGAUUCAUAUUUCCUCUUCCAUUCAGAGAGAUGAACUUAAAGGAGAAAGAAAAACUAAGUUUGAUGGACCUUAUAACUCAGUUUUUCCCAGAGACAAAAGGACUGAACCUUACAAGAAGGAAUCAAUUCAAAGUCCUGUUCAUCCUUGAUGGAUUGGACGAAUGUCGCCUUCCUCUGAAGUUUGAUCGUAAUGAGACGUGGUGUGAUGUAUCGUCACCAGCCUCUCUGGAUGUUCUCCUAACGAACCUCAUGAAGGGAAAUCUGCUUCCUUCUGCUCUCAUCUGGAUCACCACCAGACCAGCAGCUGCCAGUAAGAUUCCUCCUGACUGUAUCGACCGGCUGACAGAGAUACGAGGAUUCAAUAACUCACAAAAGGAAGAGUACUUCAAGAAAAGAUUCACGGAUCAGAAUCAGGCCAACACAAUCAUUGAUCAUGUUAAACAAUCAAAGAGUCUCUUUAUCAUGUGCCACUGUUCUCCAGAACAUUCUGGAGGAGAAAAGAAAUAA